CACGCUCCUGCCCUCCCUUAUUUUCUCCCUCCGUCUUUCUCUCUCUCUUCUCGCUCGUCCCGUGCCUCUGCAGUGGUUCAUUCUCUCCUGCGCCGGCUGCCGACACACGGCACCCCUCCUCUCCACCCCUCUGUCCACUCAUCCCAGCAUGCGGCACCUAAUCAGGGGUAAGACCGACAGCCUCUGCCCCGGACUUGAAGAGGAGCUCUACGGCUGCUGCUAAACAAAUGCAGCGUUUUCUGCGUCUGCACACACACUGAGUGACACAGACCAUCAGCGAGCCACUGCCGGCAACUGCGAGCCACAGAUCACGAGAAAAACGACGGAGGAGGUGCUCCCUCACUGGGACACACUGCAGAGGAGACUAGGAGGCACUCUUGGGAGACUCUUGCUCUUUACAAUUUUGGUGUGUUUUGAUUUUGCAACACCCCUCCCUCACAGCCAUCCCACCCAGGACACAUAUUCACCCAGCCGGCAACCAGACGGUCAAGUGGUCAAGUGAGCAGACAUGGAGUUGCAACAAGGCAGAAGAUCAUCCCAGCACAGGUGUGCAAGGUCCGGGGACACAUUACAUGCAGGUCUGGUCGUCACACUUUUGAUCGGAGUGUGGUAUGCCCAGGCAUUGGAGGUGACUACAGGAAAAGUUCAUUUCGUGGAGGUUUUGAAUGGAAGUUCAGUGCUCUUACCCUGCUCUUACUCAAGUUGCAUUGGGAUUAAAAAGCUUUAUUUUAACUGGCAUUUUAAAGACAAUGGAACAAUGGUUAAGCUUUGUGAGGCAACCAUCACAGCUGAAGGGGUGGAACCUCGCGUCAUGAUCUAUCACAUGCGGGUUGAGUUUGUUGGCUCCAGUAAGCAAAACAACAUUUCUAUCCUGCUGCACAACGUCACUUUUGAGGACCAGGGAGAAUACAUCUGCUUCGCCCGUAACUUUAAGGAAAAGGACCGCAACCACAGCGCCACCUACACUCUUUAUGUAGUAGAAGAACUGAAAGUGGUGGACAACACGCUGACGCUCAUUAUUGUGUCCGUGUUGGGGGGCGUCAUAGGUCUGAUCAUUCUCAUCAUGGUGAUAAAAGCUAUAGUCCAGACUGUUCUCAGCAAGGUCCAGGAAAAGAAUAAAGAGUGCCUUGUGAGCUCUACAGGGAAUGACAACACGGAAAAUGGCCUACCUGCUUCCAAAGCAGACAGCAAACCGACACCAAAGGCAUGAAGAUAAGAAUGUAUGUGUACAUAUAUGAGCACACGUGUAUAUGUAUACAUGCAUACAUACAUAUACCAGAAUGAAAGGAAGUCAUAACAACGGACAGUUUUAUUCUCUCUAUCUUAUAAAAAAAUGCUACCUAUAUAUAUUUUAGAUUGUGCUUGAGGAAACAUAUAAGAUGCCGGCUGGAUCAUACAACCUCUGCUCGAAAAAUAAUUGAUGGUACAGUGGUGUGCCUCCAUUCUGCUCUAACUUAUCUACACCCAUACACUGCCUUGUUCACAAACUGCCAAUCCGUUUUGAUGCUUGACAGCACAAGAUCCACGUCACGAAAUGUUUGCGCGAACUUUUCCAGUGCAACUUUACACACCUUCACAGUGCAUUCCAAGCGUUCCCGUUAGCGACGAUACAAAACGCCUUUGCGGAAGAAAAACAGACACGCAAACAAAGAAAACAAUUUACACGUAAACCACGGGUGCCUCUCGGAAUUAGAAUAUGUUUACCACAAACCCAAGCAGCUAACACACUCAGAUUAUUAACCAGUCCUACUAAAGUAAAUAAAGAGCAGGAUGUGAGAGCACUGGAAGGCCAAAAACAUUCUCGGGACAACUAUAUAGACGCCCUAAAAUGAGCUUGAUAGCAUAUACUGUUGGGGGCAACAGAGGUACCAUUAAAUGUCUCCUAUAUUACACUGGAAGUGUUAUAUUGGUCAACAGCUAAAAACAUGGUUUCUCUGCCAUCAUGGUAAUUGAUAAAAACAACAAAACUCUCUGUAGAAGUUGAGAGCGUUUACAUUAAGACCUGCCAUAUCUGAAAAUGCAUUGCAUUUUGGUACAUUUUAAAAUGAAAUUAAUUUGUAAGCAUUUGCAUGUGUUUACAUGGGGAAUGUUUCAGGCCAAGGAUGAAUGUUUUAAGGACUUUCCAGAAAUGCAGAUAAGGGGUAUACAUACAUGAUCCAGCCAAGCACCGUAUUGUUUUCUUUUUAUUUGAAUUUUUUGUUCUGCUUUAGAGAAACACAGGUGCCUGUAAACGCUUCAAGCUCCACAUGCUUCCCGGGAGCCUUCAAACGCUAUAGAAAUAGCUUAAACAAUGCUCACAUAAGAUGCAAAAAUACAAAAAAAGACAAAAAAUAUAAAGACAAUCCCCAAAAAGCAACUCCCUGUAGAAAAUGAAUGAUCUUCCAAUGCUGCUUUUAACAAUAAUAACCAAUAACUUUCUUAAAUGCAUGUAAACGAUUUUAUACAUCUAGUGUAUGUUUCCAUUUCUCCAAACUGUGUUUUCCUGUCUCUCCAGACAUAAAUAAUCCAUCAGUGCUUGUUAUGUGGUUGUAUGCCACCCGUGCUAAAAUGUCUUGUCUUACAUACAGUCUUGACAUGUGCCACUGUAGUUAACUGGUAAAGCUUGCCAUCCAAACGCCACAAGGCACCAAACAAAUGCGUUAAAUUUAAGCAUUACUGCCCCAUUGGGAAUUUUGCCUUUGGCAUUUGACUAGUAAGCUACAACAGCAAGCUACCUUUGUGAGCUUAACUGCACUUGAAAAAAACAAUUAUCCUCUCAAAUUAUUCAUCCAAUCAUAUACUAUACAGAUAAAACAUAUUUCUGUGACAAAAUGAACUUUGAAUGGCUAGUUAACGUCUUUGCCUAAGAGUAAUAACAGCUUAAACAAGCAUAUAGCAAGUGGUCUAAAAUGGCCACCAAGUUAGUCAGAUGGUUUGUUUGUUGAAUGGAUUAAAAGAUGGGACAUUAGGAUGGAAACACAACCAGCUAAAACCAAUUAACUUGGCAUAUAGCGUGGUUUAAACUGGUUUGACCUUUUUAGCAGGGCUAUAACUAGCAUUAGCAUAAACCUCCCCUGCUGAAAAAACAAUAAAACCAUUACAGAAAAUUCUAAUGGUUUCUAUUAAAAUACCAUUAGCUUUUACCAUUAAAACCACUACACUGUAGUGUGUUUUGGGCCAUAUUCCAUUAGAACCAAUACAUAGAACCAAUACAUACCAUUAGAGACCAACAAAAACCAAUACAAUGUAGUGUGUUUUGGGCCAUAUUCCAUUAGAACCAAUAAAAUUCCCAAUAAAACCAAUAAAACCAUUAGAAUUGUCUGUAAUGGUAUUAUUGUUUUUUUCAGCAGGGUCUCAAAUCCCAAGACAUUUAAUUAGCUUGUUGCUACUUCAAUACUAGGAAACAUAAAGAUCGACUACAGGAAUUGUAAGCAGUUUUAUCAAAACAAAAUGUUUAAUCUUGCAUUUAUUAUUUAUGAUUCAAGGGCCAAAACAAAAUGGCUAGUGGAAGAUUCAUUGUGGCAUAUGUUGUGUGUUUGUUGUUGUUGAAGCCAUUAAGUGCACAGCGCAUUCAAAUCCAUGUUGGCAUAUCAUAUCAGUGUACAUGAAAUGAAUGUCACUUUGCCGCAAAAAUGCAACAAAACCCUCACUAGUCUUCCCGCCAUAACCCAAAGAUGAAUGUACGCGGAGGCUGUAGUUAUGGCAUAGCAAAGAGGUGCGUUGUUUCUGGGCACUUUAUUUAUGUACAUCAACAUAACAGUGUUUAGAUUGCUCAUUAUAACUGUAGAGCGAAAAGCGAUGUAGUAUUUAUAUGCAGUUGAAUGCCUGCAUUGAUGAUACUGAGAUGUGGAAUAUGUGAUAUCAUAUAUAGUAUGGACAGAAAUAGUUAAUAAGCUUGAAUGGCUGUAUCUCUAAUAUGUGCACAUAUAUAGAAGUCUUCCAAUACACUUGACUAUCUUAUAGAAAUCAGGGGCUUCGGCAAUCUCAACAGUUUGGGAUGCUAGGCAGAGCAGUAUGAAGUCUUUCAUUCGUUUCGCCAGUCACACUUUAAGUACUUUAAGAAGGUCAUCAUGUCAUUGACUUAAAUCAUUAAAGGGAUAGUUCACCCAAAAGUGAAAAUUCUGUUCGUUAUUGCGAUGCGUUAUGGUAUGGUGCGUUAUGGUAAGAAAAUAUUUUAGUACUUUACAAUUCAAAUAUAAUUUCAGACACCACAAAAUAGCCAUUCUCUUAAAGGUGACAAAACCAGACUUUUUCCAUGUUCCAUAAGUGCUAUAAUUGGGUCCCCAGUGCCUAGAAAAUGUGAAAAAGAUCAACCCACCCAGGUGAAAAAGUAGUAUACUUAGUGUAUUAGAAAUAUGAUUGAAGUACAUGAAGUAUAAAACAAGUAUGCUUCUACUUGUUGUGCUUUAUUUAAAGAGUAUUUAAUAUGUACUUUUUAAAAGUGUACUUUUAGUGUACGCACAAAAUGUACAUAACUAUAAUUUGCGCUGCAAUGCCUUUUUAAGUGUAUUUCCAUUAAAAUGGCGAUACAAUGCAAUUAUACUGUAAGGGUGCUAAAUUGCUAAUGAAUUUUGAUUUUCAGUAGUGCAUUUUAGUGCACUUAAAGUUUAAAAAAAGUUGUUCCAUUUUAGUAUAUUAUUUACAAUUGAAGUGUAGUCAAAUAGAUAAUUGAAGUUAAUACAUAAUUGAAUACACUUGGAUUUGACGAAAAUAGUACAAAAUGUAGAAAAUAUAGUACACUUUUUAAAAGUAUAUUUUUAAUAGAAUUAUUUUUCACCUGGGCAGUAACUUAGUUUUGGUAAACCAUUCUAUGCAGGCAUGUGAAAAAAUAGCUCAUUUAAAUUUGGCUCCCCUUGUGAUGUCAGAAGGAGAUAAUACCGCCACUUACUCUGCACUAUCCAACCACGUCACUCCCAUUUAGUGCAAAAAUCAUCUCAUUUGCAUUUAACAGGACGCACCCAAAAUAACACAGUUAAUACUUCACAUAUGUACUCUGGGACACCAACGGUUGAUUUGAAAUCUUGAAAAAAAUCUUGUGAAAUGUCCCCUUUAAAUAGUGCACUAUUUAAUUUAAGGCAGCUCAAACAUGUAUUUUAGUCUAGGGUUGGCCCUGUCCAGAAAAAAACACCCUUUAAAGUUUAUACUUUUGUUUUCCAAUGAAAAAAUAACAGAGCAGGUUUUUGAGCAAUAUGUGGAUAUGACAGAAUUUUCAUUUUUGGGUGACGUGUUUCUUUAAAUAGCAUUCGUGAUUUGGAGAAAAGUUUUAUGCUGCUCUGUGUAUCAGGUGCACUGUAUAAACGUACUGUCGGUCAUGUGGUUAGUGUCCUAAUAGUUGUUGAGAGUCCAGCUGUUGUCAUCUGUGUGCUUGAACGUGUGGAGGCGAUACUGAUCACUUCCUCUCUCUUUUUUGUUUCUCUAAUAAAGUAUAUACAGAGGUUAGUCCGUUUCUUCGGGAUCUCACUUGGCCUUUUUAAUUCAUUUAUGUGUAAAGUUUUUAACAUGUGCUACUUGCAGCUCGUUGCCUUUUGUCAUUCGCAGUUAGUGUUUAUAGAUUACAACUAAUGCAUAAACUGAGAUUAUGUAGAGCAGCAAUACUGUAAAAAAAAGAAAGGAAAUAAAAACAGUGCCUAUGGGCCUAAAGAAUGAACUGUUGUAUGCAAAAAAAGGCAACUUGAACAGAUCUUUUGUGCGAUUUGAUUAUUUUGUACUAUAGUUUUUAACUGCUGAUUCAUUUUUUUUGUGACUUCAUAUGCAUAGAUCUUAUUUCUCAUAGUUUGCUUUAAAUAUUAAAUAUAUAUUGAUGGGGUUUGUAGCUGUAUCUAGAUGUGUUUGAGUCUGAGAGAUGUCUGCAGGAACGGAUGAGAUUAAUAAGCAAAAUCAGCAAAAAUAAGCAGGCUUCUGCUGUGUUGUUCUCUGAGUUUGUGCACUUAAAGGGAAACAGCAGGGAGAUUUAAAGAGAUACGUCUCAUUUAACAAACAGGAAAACCAUAUCAACUCCACAGUCUUCAUCUUAUUGCAAUGCAUGUAACAUACAUAUUUAAAGCUAGUAGCCUAAAUACUUACAGCUGCGUUUUAAAGCAGGCUUGAUCUUGGUUGAACAAUAAGUAUUUAUAAGGAAUACUUCAUGUGUGCUUUAUAUGCACAGUCUUUUGUCUGUAUUUUGAGGUGAGAACUUGCUGUACUGGUGAAAAGACAAAACCUUGCACUCUUUUAAAAAUCUUGUACUAUGUUCAUUUGAGAGUUUGGCUCUCUUCGAUUUGAUGGUCUGUGUUUAGGCAUAGAUUGGGAUUUUUUAAGUGUUGGUUCAGAAAAUAUGACUCUAAACUGGAUUUCACUGCCUGGGUGACUGAAUCAUUCUCACUGCCAAACUAAAAGAGCAGAGGUGGGCAAACUACAGCCUGCGGGCCACAUACAACAAGGCCCAUAGUCAAAUCAACAUAUAUUUGUAAGUCAUGUCAACUUUUCUUUCAAAAGCAAGUUGUAUUGACUUCAUAUUGCAUUUUUUACAUUGUAAUGUAUUAAAUAUAUUAGUAUUUGAGGAUUUUCUCCAAAAUGAAUAAUUUAAUGCAACACAAACAACAUCCUGUAGAUGGCGCAAGCCUGCUGUAUUCGCUAUAUUCAGAUAUUCAUAGUGGUGGAUAUACUGUAAAGUUAUAGUUAUCUACAUUAGUUAUCUACAUUAUAUUAAAGUUAAAAUGUGCAAACAUAAAGGAUUACCUUUAUUUAAAAAAAAUAAUCAUGGUUUAACUAUAGUAAGCAUAGUUUUUUUUACAUUUAUAGUUACAACAAAUUUACUAUGGUCCCGCCAUAAUAGUCUACCACCAUGGUAUUUGUUGUAAAACUUUGGUAAUCAAUCUGCCAAAAAACAUGGUUACUGUAUGGUUACUAUAAAUAAACCAUGGUUAAUUUUUCCCAAGGCUAGUAGUGGUUAAUAUGUCUCACAAAGAAAAUUGCAAUGAAAGUUAUUUCUUACAAUGCCAAAAGUUUUUUUUGUGUUUAUACAAAUCUAGGUGAGAUGAUACAAGGAACUGCAUGUCCAUUUAUAGAUACAGUACAGCAAAUGACUGUCAGUUUGUGAUAAAUUAAAAGGCUUUAUUUGUCAUGCACAUAGUAACCCAUCACUUCACAAAAAUUGGAUGUGGCCCUUGAGUUUGCCCACCCCUGCAAAAGAGUGUGAGCAAUGCUAUCUGCUCUAUCAACACAUUCCAGGACUCUCUGUCUCCCUCUGGUGGAUUUAAACACAACAAUUUUAAAAAGAUCAAUAGUGUCACACUGGCUAUGUUCAGAAUGAGCUUACACAUAUUACACAAUAUACAUUAAAUUAGGUCUUCUAUUCUUUUUAUAAAAUAGUGAUCAAAAGUGAAUCCAUAAACAAGUCAUAAUGGAAAUAGAAGAUCAAGUCAAAUGCAUUGCAUUGUUUUGUUUUCUGUGCUGUAUUCUGUACAUAUAGCAAAUGUAUACAGUAGGCCAUCUGGGAAUUUGGUAAAAAUAGCACUGGCAAUACUAUUCUGAAUAUAGCCAUUGUUAGGAACAAAUGUAGUUUUAGUACUCUUUGUACACGAAAUAGACUAGUCAAUUUUAGGACAUUUUAAUCUUAUAAGUAAAACAAGACAACAGUUUAAAGGGUAAAUAUAUUUUCAAAGCUUAAACAGAUGCCCUGCUUUACAACCCAUCAGUGCACCCAGGACAAAGUUCCCUAUUUUUGAUUCACUUCCUUAUUUUGUUGUUUUUGUGAAGGUCAAAAUAGCAAGUGUUUGAAUAACGGGCAAACUGCUAGAUUUUGAUCACUGGCUCUGACCGAGCACUUUAAAAGCGUACAAGCACACAUCAUGCACUCAGAAAAAAAAGGAAGGAAAAUGAACAUGUAUGUACAGCUUUUGUCUUUAAAUUUCCCUUUGUACAAAUGUCUGUCAUAUUCAUUUCUCAUGACUAUGCACCUCAGUAGAUUUCUCUGAAUUGUAUAGAAUAAACUAAUAAACUAAUGAAUAUAUCAAAAACAACACUAUAUGAAAUAAAGGUUUGCAUAAAAAUA